AUACCCCCGCCCCCAACUUCUAAGUUCUCUCAGGUUUCUAUAAUUUUUUUUGCCUGCGCCCCCCACUCCCUCCUCUACCCCCGGCAUCCUCAAAAGUGUCUGUCACCUCCGAGUUACAUAAUGUCGCUGUAGGAAGAGGCUGACACACAGGGACAGCCCUUUCCUAAAGCAGCUCAGCCUUACUAACGCCUGGAAUGCCAACGCCUGGGUGGGAUGGAUGGAGAGAAAAGCCUCACGGCCGUUUACAAAACUCGAAGUCACAGAAUGAGGAAAUUCUUAAGUUAUAUGACAAAAACGGCGUCACCAUGAGCGGAGUAUUGAAAAGGAAGUACGAAGAGCUGGGGGAUGACAGCACCUACUGCUCCUCCUCCUCCUGCUCCCCCCUCUCCUCCUCAGCAUCCUCAGGCUGGGACACUGAUGAGGAGAAUUCCCGUGGGGAGCCCAAGCCCAGCUCUGCCUUAACGUCCAGCUUCACCCCCACAUCUAUCCUGAAGAAAUCCAAGCGACUAAAGAAGAACAAUGUGGAGUUUGACCGGGUCACUGUGUUUUACUUCCCACGCUGCCAGGGCUUCACGAGUGUGCCUAGCCGUGGGGGCUGUACCCUGGGGAUGGUGAGCAAACACAGCUCCUCCCGGCAGUUCACGCUGGCAGAGUUUUCAAAGGAGCAGGAAAACGUCCGUCGGGGAAAACUCGAAGAGAAAUUAAAAGAGGAGAAGUUGGAAGCGUUGAAAUGGAAACUAACCAUGAACGGCACGAAGGAGUCCGAAGAGGCCAACCAGCUCACCAUCGAGGACAUCUCCGACGACGACAUUGACGUCAGCAACGUGGACCUGGAGGACGGCUUCUUCCUGCAGCCCUACCCCGCCAAGAAGAGGCGCGCGCUGCUGAAGGCCGUGGGGGUGAAGAAGAUCGACAAGGAGGAGAAGCGGGAGCUGCACAACAUCCGCCUGUCGCGGGAGGACUGCGGCUGUGACUGCCGCGAGGUCUGCGACCCCGAGACCUGCAGCUGCAGCUUGGCAGGCAUUAAAUGCCAGAUGGAUCACACCUCCUUCCCCUGUGGCUGCACCAAGGAUGGCUGUGGCAACACCGAGGGCAGGAUCGAGUUCAACCAGGCCCGCGUGCAGACACAUUUUAUCCACACCAUCAUGAAGCUGGAGCUGGAGAAGCAGCAGCAGAGCAGCGAGAAGGUAGCAGAAGCUGAGCCCCCGUUCCGGGAGCGGCUCCCGCCGCUGGGAUGCGUGGCAGGGAAGGGCUCCUUGGAGGAGCAUGCAGUGCCGCUGGCACCUGCCUUCCAGUUCAGCCCCGACCUGGAGGCCCUGGGGGAGAACAGCUGCAGCAGUGACAUGACAGACUCCUCCAUCUCCUCCCACCCCAGCGAGGACCUGGAGGAGCCCUACGAGAGCCUCCCCUCCGACAAAUCCCAGUCAGACGUGGAUGACGACGGCUUGGCGCGCAUCCUCCACUUCAACGACUCGGAUGCCGAGGAGGAGAGCGGGCGUGGCCAGGAUGACCUCAGCUGCUUCCACCCCACCGACUUCUUCAUUGAGGACCACGGCAGCGAGGCCAAGCCUGUCCCUGGCCACUUGUCCCACCUCUCGGAGUGCCUGGAUGAGAAUGCCAACCAGGACAGUGGGGGUUUGCUGGAGGAUGCAGCCCACGUGAGGUGCGAGGGGCUGUCCUGCUGCGCCUCAUCCUCCACUGAGCCCUGCUCCAAGAGCUAUGCCGAUCUCAGCCUUUCCUCUGAUUCCUUGGAUUUCUUCCAGUCCUUCUCAGACUAUAACUUGGGACCCCUUUACAACUCCUUAAAGGAGUACGAGAACCUGGAUAACUUCUCAGCAUUACAGUUUCAGUUGCCUAAUUUCCCUGGCUUCCCGCAAGCCGGAGAUCAGGGCUCCUGUUUCUUGGAGUCCCUCAUUGGUUUGUCCGAAUCCGUCCCUGAAACCCCAGCCCCUUUCACAGACAAUCAACUUUUGGAGGAUGCCAUCAAGUCAUCGCUGAUGGAGACAGUGAAAGUGUGAAACACCUGCAUGGCUCGGGCAAGGACUGAUGCCAAAAGGAAAACAGAGAAACAGUUGGACAGGCAAACUUUCACUGAAAGGAUGAUGUGUGCUACUCAAAUAUAAGGAGGAAAAAACAGCAACAGCCCAAGACUUUCUAAGCAAAUGAACUAUUUUUGGUCUUUAUAGAACAUGGUCAUUUUGACAUACUGCAGCUACAAUCAGUUCUCUUGCUGUUUGUGCAAAAAUUUCUAAACUUUCAUGAUGGGGUGGGGAGGAGAGGGAGGGAAACAGACUUUCACCUGAGAAUUUCCUUGUGUUUUGUAUGAAAAGACCUGUUGAGAAAUACUCCUCGCUAACGUUGCCAGUCGUCCAUACAGCCCCUUCUAGAAACGUUUCAGUGUUGCAGGAACUUUUUAAGGCAACUUUUUGAAGCUGUAUUUAUUGUGAAAAUUUGUGGUUUGCGUAAGAGUUGACCCGACACACUCUUACGUUUAAAUCUGACGAGGUUUACAGAAGAGAUCCAUACACUAUAUACAUGAUCAUUCUUCAUCUAUUUAUUGCAAGUUCCAGAAUUUAACUAGCCACUGAAGCUUGAACUAGCAUGAAACCUUAUUUAAAUUGGUAAUACCUCAGAUGUAUUAUGUGUACAAUCAUAUUUUUUUGCAUAAUAUAUCUGUAUUUAUUUAUUUUCUACCUGUAGUACGUGAAUAGCACUGUGGUUUGUCGAUGACCUGGAAGGGCAAUAAGGUCUUCAAGAGGAAGAUGACCCUGGUUUUUCUGAGUCUGAAUAAUGUUGGCUGUUUGGUCUUCACUUCACAUUUCUAAAAACACUGAACAGAAGUGGGUGGGAGGGGAGGGAUGAGGGAAGAGUUCAUGCAACAUCCCUUGGUUUCUCCCGGCCUUGUAGCAGACAUGAGAAUGGUGUCUGGUCUGCCUAAUACCACUGUGGAGAGCAAAACAAGCAAAACCUUCAACUAUUUAAGAAAUGACAUGAACUAGCUCGAAACAAAACCCAACCCCUUUUCUUGUAAAUUAUUUUAUAAUUUAUUUAAUUUUGUAAGGAUUUGGCCAUGAGAUCUUUCCCCAUCAGUUAUGGUGCCUGAAUAUGCAGAGGAACUGUCAGCAGCAGUGGGGAGGUGUAACCAUAAGGACCUGGGCAGCCCUUGCAAGGGGCUUUGGGAGAGCAAAGCCAAAACAGCAACGCUGUGCUCAAGCUCCUCAGCAAGUGCUCCUUCGGACUCCCCAAAAUCCAGUGGGUCACACUGAUUGUGCUAUUUUUUUACAUAGGUGAAUCGGGUAAUUCAAGCAAAACAGUUGGAUAUGAAUUUUAUUGGGUUAUUUAUUCUGUGAGUACAGUUUUUGAGGGAAGAAACAGCAACACCUGAAGACCAAGCUGAAAAACUGAAGGCUUUUGGUUUUUAAAAUGAGAUAAAUCAUCGUGUUUUAGGAAGGAUACUGGAGGCUGCCUUGGCCUUUUGCUAUUUAAGUCAGUCUGAGAACAUGACACUAUUUGGCCAUGAGAUGUAACUGGA